UUUCUCUGUUGCAGUUUUCCACUAUGGUCAAAGGAUCAAAAUUGGCUAUGGCGAAAUCAAAUCGCAAAAACGGCAAAAACGUCAACGGCAAACGUCGAUUGGCAGAUCAGGAUACCAAAACAAAGGGAAAAGCGGCUGCUGGACCGAAACAAGCCAACAAAAAACGCAAGACAGACGUAGAAUAUGAAAAUCUCGGUGACAUUGAUUCCUGGGACUGGUCCGAAGUCGCUGUCUCUUCCAAUAACAUUUUUGGCGAAGAGGGAGGAUUCCUGUGUCUGGAAGAGAUUGACGAUGUUGAGAUCGAAUACGAGGGUGAUGAUACCACUGGCAAAGUGGCCAAGUUCAAGCGAGUAAAGAACCCAAACAGAAAAGCUGGCAAGAAAGCUGUCGUCGAUAAACCUUUAAGUGAAGAGGAAAUGGCCCAGUAUUAUGAUCUGGAUACGUUCAACGAGGAAUUAGCCGCUAAGCAAGCAGCGACCGAAGCGGAAGCCGGAGCCGAAGCAGAAAACGAAGAAACAGGAGCAAACGAUACGGAAAUGGAAGAAAACGAAGCUACUGUGGAAGAGGAUAAGGAAAUAAAGGAGGGAAAGACGACCGGAUCCUCAAAGGAAAGCGAAAAAGCUGCUGCCAAAUCAGAUCAGCCGAAAAAGGAGGAUAAGCAACUGCUGAAAAAGAAGCAAAGACUCGAAAAACUCAGAGAACAAGUGAAAAAGUUGGAAGCCCAAUUGGGAGAGGAUGCAGGCAGCGAUAAUGAAGAAGAACCCACCGAGACACCCAAAGAUAACACACCUGCAAACAAGAAACAGAAAAAGCGUCCAACGCUUGAUGAUGUCGAUCAAAGCUUUGAUGUAUCUGCUUGGGAAUCUUUGAAAAUGGCUGAACCUAUCAUGCAAGCGCUUAAACUGCAUCAAUUUGCCAAACCUACUCCUAUUCAGGAAAAGGCCUUGCCUUUGGCUUUAACUGGACGUGAUAUUAUCGGCGCGGCGGAAACUGGUUCCGGUAAAACUUUGGCUUUUGGCAUCCCUAUUGUUCAAUACCUUGUCGAGCAUGGUGAAAGUGCAACAAAUGAACUUGCUGGUUUGAUUUUGACGCCGACAAGAGAACUGGCAAUGCAGGUUAAAGAUCAUAUCGAGAAUAUGGCGGUUUUCACGUCCAUCAAGAUUGCUGCAAUUGUCGGUGGUAUGUCCAGUCAGAAACAACAACGUCUGCUGAAUCACCAUCCCAACAUUAUUGUGGCUACACCUGGUCGUCUUUGGGAGUUAUUCUCGGGAAAUGAGAAAUAUAUGCAAAUGCUCCAUCAUAUCAAGUUCCUCGUUCUGGAUGAAGCAGACAGAAUGCUGGAAAAGGGUCAUUUCGAGGAGUUGACGAACCUUUUGGAAAUUCUUUCAAAGAAGCGACAGGAUACCACAGAAUGGCCUGAAGAAUCUGAGGAGGGCAAAAUCAAACAUAUCAAAAGAGAUUCUUCAGCGUUUCAAACCUUCGUCUUCACGGCCACAUUGAGUGAAAAUCUUCGUUUCAACGUUAAACGCAAAAAGCCGGCAAAGAAGGCAAAGGGCACCCUUGAGGAUUUGUUGGAUCGUCUGGAAUUUGCAGACAAGGAACCGAGCGUAGUGGAUAUGACCACCGAGCAAGUGGUUGCUUCUCGUCUUGCUGAAGCGAAAAUUGACUGUUUGAAAAAUGAUAAGGAUCUGUAUGUCUACUAUUUCGUCACUCGAUAUCCGGGACGCACCAUUAUCUUUGUGAACAGUAUCGAUGCCAUUCGUCGUUUGGUGCCUGUAUUCAGAUUGCUGAACGUUGAAGUGCUGGGAUUGCAUGCGCAAAUGCAGCAGAAACAGCGUCUGAAGAAUUUGGAUCGAUUCAAGAACAAUCCCAAAGCAGUGUUGGUAGCUUCAGAUGUCGCUGCCCGUGGUUUGGAUAUACCCGCGGUGGAACACGUUAUCCAUUAUCAGCUUCCUCGCUCUGGUGAGAUUUAUGUGCAUCGCAGCGGUCGUACAGCAAGAGCCAACCGCGAUGGUAUUUCCUUGCUUCUCGUGGGACCUGACGAGAUGAAGAUUUACACCCGACUGUGCCAUACGCUCAGAAAGGGUGAUCCCUAUCCUGACUUUCCCGUGGAUCUCAAUAUCUUGAACGAAAUUCGCAAACGAGUGAAUCUCGCCACCGAUAUUGAUCGUUUGGAACAUCAGGAAAACAAGUCAACGCAUGAGGAAAAUUGGAUGCGCAACAUGGCUGCCGAGAUGGAUAUCGAUUUUGAUGAAGAUCUGAUGCAAGGCAAACACAAGCAGACUCAGCAAGAAUCGGAACGUAACCGAAGCAAGGCUAAAGCAAUGCGAGGACAGUUGAAGCAACUGUUAACCCAACCCAUGUUGCCAAGAGGUGUAUCCAAGAGCUAUCUCACUGGCGGCGUUAUCUCUGACAUUGUCGAUAGAUUAUUAAACAGCCAAUCUACAUCCUUAUUACCUGGUCAUGAAACGAGCAAGGCUGUGGAAGACAUCAAGAAAGUCAAAACUCAAAAGAAAACCAAAAAACAAGAAUAAUAUC